CAGCUGUUUCAGACACUUAUAAACGCCGUCAAGCUACGCAUCGAACACAGCUCGAGAGACUGAGCAAACACAAUCUCCCAAGAGCUCGAGUCACCCCUCCAUAAACAACCACCAAGAUGCCAGCCGCGGCAGCAGCAGUUGUGCCAGACUUGGCAGCUAGACCAGUCCAGAACACCAUUUGCCUCUUCGAUGUCGACGGUACCCUCACUCCAGCCAGACGCUCUGUCUCUCCAGAGAUGCUCCAACUGCUCUCUGCCCUCCGCCAGAAGGUUGCCAUUGGCUUCGUGGGAGGCUCUGAUCUGGUCAAGCAGCAAGAGCAGCUGGGCACUACUUCGAUACCAGUCACAACUCUUUUCGACUUCUCCUUUGCCGAGAAUGGCCUGAUCGCCUACCGCAUGGGUGUACCUCUCGCAAGCCAUAGCUUCAUUGGGUGGAUUGGCGAGGAGAACUACAAGAAGCUGGUCAAGUUCCUGCUCCACUACAUCGCCGACCUGGACAUCCCAGUCAAGAGAGGAACUUUUGUUGAGUUCAGAAAUGGCAUGAUCAAUGUCAGCCCAGUUGGCAGGAACGCCAGCGUGCAGGAGCGAAACGACUAUGAGAAGUACGAUUUGGAGCAUGGUAUCAGGAAGAAGUUCAUUGAGGACAUCAAGGCCGCAUUCCCAGACCUCGGACUCACCUUCUCCAUUGGCGGUCAGAUCUCUUUCGAUGUAUUCCCAGUUGGCUGGGACAAGACUUACUGCCUUCAGCAUGUGCAGAAUGAGAAGAACCUCCCAGGCGGCGUUGACUACACCAAGAUUCACUUCUUCGGUGACAAGACCUACAAGGGCGGCAAUGACUACGAGAUCUACGAGGACCCAAGAACGAUCGGCCACUCGGUCAAGAACCCAGAGGAGACCAUGGCUGAGCUCAAGAAGCUCUUUGAUUUGUGACGCGACUAGAUGGAUGUUGCGACCACUGGGCAUAGACUAGACAUAAUCAAAAGUUGCCUUUCAUGAACGCGGAAUCGUGCGCGACGUCCACAGCCCUCUCACUGACUGCACUCAAAAGGCUUUCAUCAAAGUUUGCAUAUGGUUAAACCAUAAAUUAAGCAUGUUCGCACCGAAAGAGCAGGACAGUUGCACCCUAGGACAGAGCAAACUGGCACCGGCAAGGACGAUAACGAACACUUUUGGAGCUGGUUGUGCCGCUACUUUGGUUUCUAAUGCCGAUAUACUAAUACCUUCUGCCUUAACUAUAAAAUACUUAGUAUAGCAUCUCUAUAGUAUAGUAUAAUCCUAUAGUUUACUAAAGAAUUAAAUUCGUCUGUUUUU